AUGAACGCUGCUCCCACUCUACAUGCCGAGAGGGAUAUGGGGGCUGUAAGAUGGCUUCUAGUGGCGGUCACCACGUCUGCCGGUAGGCGUCGCGUCUCUGCAGGUCCUCCCGCAGAGGCAUUCAUGAACCACCGUCUCCUAUCAAGCACCUCUCUCAGAGUGCAACCGCGUCUCGGGCCCCGCCUCCUGUGUUCUUCAACAACCCCUGCUGCAAGCAUCCGCCGCAGCCGGACUGCUGUAAUGGCGACGGCAGGGGCUGGCGAAUCGUGGUGUGGGCAUGAGCUGCUGAACACCGUCACGACAGUUGCGCUGGUGGAUAUCCGCGGCCAGGUCGUCAAGCACCAAGACGAGGGGUCGGACUUCUUCAGCACGCGCUACGAGGGAAUGGAGGCGGACUACCUCGACGCCCACAUCCCCGGGGCCGUUUUCGUAGACUGGACCAAGGACAUCGCCUACACGGACGAAAACGGAGUGCCCGCGCAGCUCACCGACCGGGAGAGCUUCGUGAUCGCCAUGCAAGAGAGGGGGGUGGGGGCGGACAAGCGCGUGGUCGUGUACGACAACGGAGACAUGCUCUUCGCCACGAGAUUUUGGUGGGCGAUGCGACGAUUUGGGCACGAUAAAGUGGCAGUGAUGGACGGGGGGUGGGCUAAGUGGCAGGCGGAAGAGAGAGACAUCACUCCCGACUGCCCGUGCCCACUGAAGGUCUACACGGAAUGGGGCAUUCCCCUGGAGCGCGAGAGGCCGGGUUUGAUUGCCACGUCGGCCGACAUCCGAGCCGCCCUUGCAAGGAGGGGAAAAGCAGGGGGCGGCAGCGAUCGCCAGGCCGACGCCGCUGUGCAGCUCCUGGAUGCCCGGGCUGCGGCGCAAUACACUGGCGAGGUCAGACGCGCACGGCUCGGCGGGCACAUCCCGGGAGCCGUGAACACUCCCUAUCGCUCCUUCUUGGCCGAGGGAACCGGUCCUGACGGAAGUUUCAGGGUCUUCAAGGACCUCGAGGGCAUCACCGAGGUUUUCGAGUCUGCCGCCGUGGACACCUCGCCGUCCGCCGCCCCCAUCAUCGCCUACUGCAACGGUGGCGUGGCCAGUACCGUCGCUCUGUUUCUCCUGUUCCAGCUGCGGGAGCUGCGGGGCGGUGGUGCAGCAGCAGCAGCAGCUAGUAGUAGCGGUAGUGAUUCAGACGGUUUCGGUAGAGGCUGGUGGUCGAACUACGACGGGAGCUGGAACGAGUGGGGGAGCGACGAGUUCGCGCCGGUGGAAAGGCCAUGAAGGGGGGUUUCGGGUAUAUAUGUGCUGUCGUGUAAGAGCUGUCUUUGUAGAUAGAGAUGGCCUCCACUCCGAAGGGACGAAAUACAUGUAUUUAUGUCGGAACAUCCACGUCUUUGAUUGGUUUGGUGAUUGGUGUCGUCGUCGUUGUCGUCGUCGGUGUUGUUUUCGAUGUCGUCGUCGUUGUCGUCGAAGAGGACUACUAUACUCCUGCUGUGUCCCACCGUUGUUGCCGUCUGAACGAACACGUAACGAGGGGUUUCCACGU